CGCAUUUCGCCUAGGCCGCUGCCUGCCCCGCAGUGGUACCCUCCCUCCCGCCCGUGUCCGCCCUCCUAAAACGAGCGUCGGCCCCGAAAUAGCCCGGCACCGCAAGCACCGCCCACCGGCCACUCAUUGAAUCCAUGCUGCCCUUGUCGUCGUUAAUUCCUCUGCCUCCUCGCCUUGCCCUGGAGUGAGCGAGCGAGCGAGCGAGCGAGAGCGGCAUGAUGAAGCUGCGGUGGUGGCGGGUCGACGCGUCGGAGGUGGCCGCCGUCACGGCCAUGGGCGUCUGGGAGGCCGUCCUGGCCGGCGGCGGCCGGCGCUUCAUCAAGCGCAAGGACAGCGACGCCGGCGAGACCGGUCGGGCGCUGGAGGAGCUGCGGAGCUCCCUGUACAACGAGAUGCACAGCUCGGAGGGGGCCAAGCGCCAGCAGCAGCGGUUCUGCGGCCCGUCCGUCGCGCUCACCUUCAACUUCGCCGUCGCCGUUGGGAUCAUCGUGGCCAACAAAAUGGUGAUGGGGAGUGUCGGGUUCAAGUACCCGAUCGCGCUGUCGCUGAUCCACUACGCGGUCGCGCUGGUUCUCAUGGCGAUCCUCAAGGCGCUGUCCCUGCUGCCGGUUGCGCCGCCUUCCAAGUCGACGCCCUUCUCCUCUCUGUUCGCUCUGGGCGCCGUGAUGUCUCUCUCCACCGGGCUUGCGAACGUGAGCUUGAAACACAAUAGUGUAGGUUUCUACCAAAUGGCUAAGAUUGCCGUGACUCCGACGAUCGUCGCGGCGGAGUUCAUGCUUUUUCACAAGAAGGUUUCCUGUCAGAAGGUUAUCACACUGGCGACGGUGUCAAUCGGAGUGGCCGUGGCCACAGUCACAGACCUAGAGUUCAACUUCUUCGGCGCCUGCGUGGCACUGGCCUGGAUCGUCCCUAGCGCGGUAAACAAGAUCCUGUGGUCGAAUCUGCAGCAGACCGGAAACUGGACCGCCCUCGCGCUGAUGUGGAAGACGACCCCCGUCACCAUAUUCUUCCUGCUGGCGCUGAUGCCUCUGCUGGAUCCGCCGGGCCUGCUGCUGUUCAACUGGAAUUUCAGAAACAGCUGCGCCAUUGUCAUCUCUGCUCUGUUCGGCUUCCUCCUCCAGUGGUCCGGCGCCUUGGCACUUGGCGCGACCUCGGCGCUGUCGCACGUGGUGCUGGGGCAGUUCAAGACCAUCGUCAUCAUGCUCUCAGGCUACCUCAUCUUCCGCUCGGACCCCGGGGUCACCAGCAUCUGCGGCGCCGUCGUGGCCCUCGGCGGCAUGUCCUUCUACACCUACCUGGGCCUCAAGAAGGAGGCGGCGGUGGCCAGCGGAAAGAAGCCGCCGUCGAGAUCAAACUCCUUCUUGGGCAAGCCCGCCGGCGAUGGAGGCAGCUCGGACUACGAGGACUCCGUGUGAGUUGGGAGUUUUGGCUUUAGGUGACUUUGGUGGUCGGUUGUGUUGUAAACCGGUAGACUCUCACUGCAUCUGUUGUACAUAGAAGAACUUGUGAUUUUUUUUUUUGCGGGGGGAAGAACUUGUGAUUUUAGAUUCUUAUAUUAUUAUUAUUCCUUUUCCCUUUGCCA